AUGUUUAACCGUGUCAAAGAAAAAGAAGCUGUGGCAGCAAAAAAUAAUACUAUUUCAAGGGAUAUAGUAUGCAAGUUUUUAAAUUUUUUAAAUAGCAGUUACUGGAAAAUACCUAUUGAUACUUUCAUCGAACAACAAAGUAUAUUAUUUGAUAAUAAAGAUAUUGAUAAUGAUACAGUAAAACAAAUUCACAAAGAAUACAUAACUAUGGUUGAUGUUUUAAUAGAAGCUUUUUGUGAUGAUCUUCAUAUAUCAUUAAGAGAUCUUGUCUCAUCACUUGAUGCCAUAAAUAAAACUGUACCAAUAGCUUUGGAGGAAGAAAUUACCCUUGAACCUGUGGUUGCAGCUCAAGAUUUUGGAGUUUUUAUAUCAAUGAUGAAGAGAAAAAAUUUAGAAAUGCAGCUACAGACUAUUCAUAUACUUGAAUUGAUGGCAGGCUCAUUACCAACAAUUUUAAGUAUUGAUGAAGAUUUUGAGGAAGAAGUUAGAAAAAUAUUUAAUAACACUUCAGAAACAGAAAGAUAUAUACUUAUUUCAAUAAUGCAAAAAAGUAGAGAAGAAUUUGAAAAAGAACAACAAUUAAGGACCGAAUUUGAGAAGCAAAUUGAGGCUGCUAUUAAAGCAAGUCUUGAAUAUCAAUUUAAAGCUGUUGGAAUUGAAAAUAAUUUUAAAAAUGAGGAACAAACAAUGGUAAAAAAUUUAUCCCUUGAGGAAAAAAAAAUUGAAAAUAAUAAUAUUAAUGGAAAAAAGAAAACUAAAAGUGUAUCUGAAAAUUUGAAAAGAACUGAUUCAGGGAAAGAAAAAAAACAACCUGGUAAUAAUAAAGUGUCUGGUGACCAAAAACCAAAACAAAUAACACCUGAAAUAAAAUUAGAAAAUAAAUCUGAAACUGAUAGAUAUAUGUUUAGAAAUAUGUUAAAAACUCCAAAAGGAAUUGAUGAAGAAAAAAUAAAAGAACGUGAAGAAUAUUUAAAAGAUCAACGUGAUAAAUUAAUACAAAAAAAGAAAAAAGAAAGAGAAGAAAAGUUAAAUAAAAUUGAUAAAGAAAUUACUGAUAGACCUAAGACUGCUUCAGCUGCUAAAAGAGCUAUGGCUGGUAAAAUAAAAAAUAGUUCAACAAAUAUUGAAGUUCUUGAGGCAAGAAAAGCAAUUUUUGAAAAACUUAAAACUGAAAUAAUAAACCAAUAA